GUUCCAGUGCUGGGGCUGGAAGUGGGGAAUUUCAUGUCUAUCGACAUCUUCGGCGGCGGGAAUAUCAGAGACAAGAUUUUAUGGAUGCCAUGGCUGAGAAGCAAAAAUUAGAUGAAGAAUAUCAGAAGAAGCUUGAAACGAAUAAGAUGGUUGCAGAAGAACAGACAGCCAAACGUAGAAAGAAGCGUCAGAAAUUGAAAGAAAAGAAAUUGCUGGCAAAGAAAAAUAAAGUUGAGCAAAAGGAUGAACAUGCAGCUGCGGAUUCUGAUCAUUCCCCCAAACAGCAGACCAGUGAAGAUGAGACUUCCGAGGAAGAAGAGAAAGAUGACGGGAAGGAAACCACCUUUGUAAUGAAGAGAUGAUGGUCUUGCUGUGCUACUGUAGUUAAUAGCCAGCUAGCAUUGAACUGAAACUGAAUUGAACAAGAGGGUUUUUCUGCUCUUUUGGACUUUAUUGUGGCAUUGUUGAUAUGGCCAUAACAGUCCCAUGGAAUAUCAUUGCUGGAUCCAAAUCAAAUGAAAGUUGAUUUCAAACUUUCUUGUAUAACUGCUGUGCAGGGUUUCAGGGAAAAGUGUCAGCAUUAUGUAACUCUUAAUUCCUCUGCUAUUGCUCCAAAGUGACAUUUCUUCAUCAGCUUAUGUCUGUAAGCAGAUCUUCUCCCGAGAGACUUAAAUAUAUAAAAUGGAGUUAUGUGGCUGAAAAAUGGACUUGACUUUGAGGGAGGAAAUAGCCUUUAUUUCCUGGAGGAAAAAAAGUUAAUUUCUUGAGGAGUCUCUGUUAAAUUAGCCUUUAUUCCUUGCAUUUCUGCUGCAAGAUAAGAUUUUCCAACAACUAAGAAGAUCUAGUGUUUCACUUCAAAAGUGUGUUGUUCAUUUUUAUUAUAAACAUUUCUGAAUAAAAGAGGACAUCCAUGUGUUUUUGUUUGCCUCUGAAGGAUACACACUGCAUUUUAUAUGGACUUUUCAUCCAUGAAUUUGCCUGCCAAAAACAUGUAGCCAUUUAAGAUAA